AUGCCCGCAGGCUCGGGGCUCCUGUGCCCAGCUCUCCAGGCCACGCUGCCUUUGUUUCCUUCCUCGGGCUUGUUUGUAAACAAGUGGUCCAAGCCCAGCGGCGACACCGAGGUCAGCCCCACUCAGCGCCUGCUUCAGCUGGGACAGCUCGUUCUCCUCCGCCCAUCCCUUGGCAGGGGCUGCCCUCGCACGUGUGAGCUCUGCUUCGCCCACAAAAUUGUACCGGCUUCUCAGAGCCACAGGGGAGGGUCGGGCGAAGGGCCCCCCCAAGGGGUGAGCGGCGAGCCCAAACGCCCAAGGCUGGAGGUCCCGUCUCCGGAUCGCUGCCCGGUCGCCUAUGGCCGAGGGAAGAAACACAAGAAGGGCGGCCGGGCGGCUGCUGCUUGGCUCCCUUCAUUCCACGCCUCGGUCUUCGGGGACCCUCACUUCCUCACCUUCGACGGCGUCCGCUUCACGUUCAACGGCCGCGGGGAGUACAUCCUGGUGCAGUCGGACCUCACGGGGCUGCAGGUGCAGGCCCGGACCCGGGCGGCCACCAGUGUCAGCGGUGGCCAGGCCUCUGCGACGGGCAUCUCGGCGGUGGUGGUGAAGGAGGGCGACUCGGAUGUGCUGGAGGCCCGGCUUGGGGACGCUGUGGGGAGGCCCCUCGAGGUGCUGCUCAAUCAGAAGAUCCUGACCUUCUCUGAGCAGUCUUGGAUGGACCUGAAAGGCAUGUUCCUGUCCAUGUCCGGGAGCCAGAAGGCGACGGUGAUGCUGGCCUCCGGGGCCGGCCUGGAGAUCGAGGCCCACGAAGCCUUCCUGGGCCUCAGCGUUAUUCUCCCCGACAAGUUCCUGGCUCGCACCCGCGGCCUCCUGGGGACGCUCAACGGGGUCUCGGCCGAUGACUUCACCCUGAGGAAUGGGAGCGUCCUGCCCCUGCACGUCGCCUCCGAGCCCCGGCAGCUGCUCGAGUUUGGGGCCAACUGGGCCCUUCGGAACGACUCCUCCCUGUUCACCUACGAUUCCCAGGCCCUGGUGGAUGCGUACCUGGCGGGGCCCAAGCACGACCCCUCCUUCGUGCCCGUGUUCGCCCCCGGGCCCCUGACCCCCGAGGUGGCCGCCCUCUGUGAGAACGACUCCUUCUGCCAGUUUGACGCCCUCGUCACGGGGCGGCUGGACCUGGGCAACGCCACCCGGGCGGCCCACAAGAGGCACCAGCAGCUCCAACAGAGCCUGCAGCCAGUGGUCUGCUGUGGUUGGCUCCCUCCCCCGGAGCACGGCAAGAAGAACGGAACCAGCUACCUCGUGGGCUCCUCCAUACGCUUCAGCUGCAUGCCAGGCUUUACGCUGAGAGGCUCCAAGGAGCGGACGUGCCAGCCCGACGGCAAGUGGUCGGGAAGCCCGCCACACUGCAGGCCAGAGUCCAACCAAACGAUGAUCCUGGGAAUCCUCUUUGGAAUUCUGGGGGGCCUGCUUCUGCUUGGCCUGGGCUACGAGCUGAUGAAGAGGAGGAAGAGGAGAGUGUAGAAGCCUUGCAGACUAAGGCAAUAUGGCGUCUGUCCUCCCCCUGGGGGCCUGUGACUCCUCGGGCACCAACCCCCCACCUCGGUGCCCAUCGCCCCUGGAAACCCUCGACUACGAGUGCCCACCCCCUAUCCCUGCCUGGAGGUCAGUCCCCAGCUUGGAGCACGUCCUCCCGCCACGUGGAGCCGAUGUUCCUCACCAAUACAACAAGCCUCCUCCCAACAUGGACCCCGUCUGCAGACUCGUGCCCGCUCCUGGCCUGGCCGUCGUCCCCUGUGAGGUCUCCAGCGGGCCACUCGCUCCCAGAGUAGCUAUUGAUCCGGCCCCAGAGGGCUUGCGGGAAGGAGUUGAACUCCGAAGCACAGAGGCUACUUUUGGGAGAGGAGGCCGGGCCCCCACAGGGCACAGGACAAUGCCCCCGACCCCUCCCCAGGAGACCGAAGGAACCCCUCCCUUGCCCUGCCAGCCUCUGCUACUGGAACUUUGCUUCCUGGGAGGCCCCAGCAUUAAUGUACCCGGGCUCCACGGUGCCCACUCCGGGGCCAUAGUUCCGCACUGUUUUUUUAGAAAAUAAAGCUGUUCCCUAGG